AUGCCCUCACCAGCCCUCCCAAUCCUCCCCUACCUCUCCUCCUCCGGGGGCACCACCUCAGCUCUCGCCCGCAAAUUCGGUCCCGAAACAGCCAACUACUUCUCCGGCUCCCCUCUCAACCGGCUCUCCUGGUUGCGAUCCGACCACCUUUUUCUGAGGGCCGCAUUUUCCCAUCACAGUGCCAAGUUUGUGUUGCUGAACAGCCUCGGGCCCAUGGUGGAGAGCAAGGAGGAUGGGUCGCGGUUGGGGUUUGCGGGACCGGAAGAUGUGAGGGGGUUGUUGGGUGGGGCGGAGGAGGUGUUUAAGAGUGAGGAGGAGGUUGUGGGUGGGUUUGAUAGUGAGAGGGCUGCAGGGGAGAGGGUGGUGGUGUUUUUGGGCGUGGAUCUUUUGGAUGCUGCCCCUGGUGAAGAGAAGGAUGUGUUUGAGUGGAAGCAGUUUAGGGGACAGCCGUAUUUUGCUGUUGAUGUUACGCCGCGUGAAGGGGAUGCCGGGCCGGAGGGAAAGAAGGCAAAGGCGGAGGAGUUGAUUAGGAAGAUGGAGGAGGAGAAGGGACAUGCGUUUUUGAGCGCUAGUCCUAGGGGGAUGGCGUUGGAGGCUGGGCAUGCUGCCAUGUACGCCCAAGCCCGCUCCCUAAUCGACUGGAACGCCCGCAACCCUUUCUGCGCCCAAUGCGGCCAGCGCACCGUCUCCGUGCACUCCGGCACCAAGCGCGUGUGUCCCCCGACGGACAAGAGCAAGGACCGCGCUCCCUGCGCCACUCGGGGCACCCUCUCGAACCUGUCCUUCCCGCGAACCGACCCGACCGUGAUCAUGGCCAUCGUCAGCGCCGACGGCACCAAGGUCCUGCUCGGCCGCAACCGGCGCUGGCCUCAGUACUGGUACAGCACCCUCGCCGGGUUCCAGGAGCAGGGAGAGUCGAUCGAGGAGGCGGUCCGCCGUGAGGUCUGGGAGGAGAGCGGUGUUACCGUUGGACGAGUGGUGCUGCACAGCUCGCAGCCGUGGCCGUUCCCGGCUAGUUUGAUGAUUGGAGCCAUUGGCCAGGCAUUGCCCGGUGAUGGAGAGAAGAUCUUCUUGGGUCACGAUGCGGAGCUGGAGGAUGCGAAGUGGUUCCCGCUGGAGGAGGCCAAGGAGGCGCUGCUUACGGGGGCGAGUGCUCUGGGAGACCCGGCGCCGGAGGGAUACGUGGAGGGCGCGUUGAGAUUGCCGCCGCAGACGGCUAUUGCGAAUCGGUUGAUCAAUGCGGUGGUGGAGGGGUGGUGGACUAUGCCGAAGAUUUGAAGUGGUGAGAUGGGUUUUGUUGGGUGUCGAGAGCGAGUUCUCUUAGAUGGGUUUUGCAUACAUAGAAUAGACUUUAUGAAUUCCUUGGGAACAGUUAAGAGUCGCCUGCACCAGUUCUCGUUGGCUAGGUGGCUGUGUAUAAUGGCACUGGCAUAUCUUAAACGCAUUGCACUUUCUCAUCAUGUCGGUUCUCACAGUCUACGUUGGGUGAGAACGAGACAGAUGGACGACCUUCAACUCGAAUCGACAUUGUAACGUUGGCGGUUCGCGUCUUUCCCAAACCGACAUGCAGUCCUUCUCACGGAGCAACAACAUCUGAACAGACACACAACUGGUGAUAACCGCAAAAGCGCGAGUGCUUAAUUCUCUCUCGAGUUUCGAAACGCAUUUUGCAC